AUCGCGACAAACGCGUACAGCCCAGGUACAUACAUGUACAUGUACAUGGCCUAUAUGGAUGUACGUACAGUACAUGUACAUGUACGUUGAAGGUCGAAGCUAUAUCUGGCUGGCAGGACGUUACAAGGGUCCCAGCGGUCCUUACCAAGAAGCCUGUGUGGCAUUAUCAGUACAUCUUUAGUUUGACUUUGAGAUAAAUCAGCAGCUACCACUUCAAAGAUUUUCUCUGGGAGACAACACUGUCAAGAACAGACUCACAUAAAGCGACUCACUGACUUUAAAGUCAGGUGGAAGUGUUUUGCUCAAACAUAAUCUGUUUGGGUAAUUCCAGCCGAGUGUGGAUGAAACUUUCACUUUGCCACCAAUUGUGACAACAGCUUGUAAUUAAACUAAAUUAAGCAAGAUGAGUGAAGAUCAACCUGAGAAUGGAACAAAGACCAAGAAGGGACCCAGGGGGAAGAAAGGGGCCAAGAAGAAAGUGAAAUGUGCCCUGUGCGACUACACCGCCAUCCAGGGCUACCGGAUGAAACGCCACAUGCGGAUCCACACCGGCGAGAAGCCCUUCAUGUGCGCCAUGUGUGACCAGAGCUUCACUCAGAAGAGCAGCCUGAAGGAGCACCUGUGGAAGCACACGGCCCUGCGUUCCAGCCACAAGUGCCCCCACUGCGACACCGUCUUCAACCAGCUGGGCGACGUCAAGGCCCACAUCAAUCACAUGCACGCCGCCGGCGAGCAGAUGGCCUGCACCAUGUGCCCCUCUGUCUUCACCGACCGCUACAGCCUGCUGCAGCACCAGAAGACCCACGACGACAUGUUCCGCUACCAGUGCCUGGAGUGCGCCUUCUCGUCCAGGGACAAGAGCAAGCUCAUCCUGCACAUGAGCAUUCAUAACAAGCGCAAGCCCCUCAGAUGCAGUGCCUGCAAGGGCACCUUCAAGUACAGGCACAACCUCCUCAAUCACCUUUACCAGAAGCACGACAUCAACACAUUCGGAGACGAGUACGUUCCAACGCCUGAGGAAGCCCAGACUGAUGCACCCGAAGAGGACAUUUCCCAAAGGAGGCUGACCAGUCAACAGGAGCUGGAACAGCAGUACCAAAUUCUGGACGAGCACGGCAAUGCCCUGCAGCUGACAGAAGCCGAUGCUGAGGCCAUCCGCAAGGCCAUGCAGGAGGGUGUGGGAGACGAUACGCUACAGAUCAUCCAGAAUGAGGAAGGCAGUAUGACAGUCACUGUCGUCACAGUUGCGCCCACCCUGGAGGGUGUGAUCCACAACAUUGAGGAGGACAUGGCGGCGAUGGUCGAUGAUAACCCCUUAGAGCCGCAGCUCAGUGUGGCUGGGGAAGACUUCGGAGAGGGGAUUGUAUCAGCAACUGAUCAGGCUGAUGAGACACCAAGCGAGCAAGCCUAACAACACCUGGACCAUAUUCAUUAAGCCCCAUAAAUAAGAAGUCCUUUGGAAUUUGCAGCUUACUGUAACAGGAACCUUUUAUUAUUAGGAAUCAAAAUAAUGAAGAACAAAAGAUUAGGACCUUAAAAAUUCCUUGUUAUGAAGUACAAGGAUGUACAGUAAACUCUGGCUAAAUUGGCACUCUCGGGACUCCAGAAAUUACGAUGACUUACACGAAUGCCGACUUGUAUCAUGACUCGACAGUGCAGUACGUACAUGUACGUACAUGAUACAGUUACGGUACAGAAAACAUACACUCAUGCGCACAUGCAUUGGUUAAGUUCGUCCAAUAAGGCGACCCCCAAAAUGGACAGAGUGCAUGCGUGUAGCAAUAGAGGGGUUACUGGCAUUGAUGUACUCAUACUGGCCGAUAAUCAACCAUGGCCUGUGCUGUUACCACGAUGAAGGAAACUGAUACCGAAGCGUGAUUUUUUAAUGCCGACUUGCACAAAGGAAUUUGGGGGGUUUUGUGGAAAAGAGACCAAGAAAAACAUGCCAACUUGUACGAAAUGACGACUUAUAAAUGCCGACUUAGAAAUGAAAUUUUCAAUGCAAAUGCAUUACAGACUAUCAGGACUUUUUUCAAAAGGCGGACUUAGAUGAUAUGACGAGUUACGCAAUGUCGACUUAGUCAGAGUUCACUGUAUUAUCAAUGCUCUUAUUAAAGAGGUUUGACUGUACAUAGAUCAGGUGCUGGUGCAAAAGUGUGUACUUCAAGUGAAGAAGCCUCAGAAGUAACUUAAUUGGCAUGUACACGUACCUACAUGUACCAGAAUUGCAGUUGGUUGGUUUUUAUUUUGAGUCCUACAAGAAUUAUAGACAGAAAAAUACAUGUAACAUGGUAUCUUGUGAAUCAAAGAAACUAAACAAUGCCAUCUGUGGUGUUCUUUGUUGGACACACGUUGAAUCACGCGGUUAAAGGGUAGAUUUGUGCAGAUAAUUGCAAAGCAGACUGAAGUGUAGGUCCUUAUGUGCAAAUAUUGGUGUACUGUUAACAUAUGUGUACAUGUACUUCUGGCGAGAUGGGUGCCAAGACAUUCCACCAGUCUGCUCACACUUGAAUUACAAACUCAACAUUAUUAGUCAUGAGUAGUCAUGAGUUGUACUCUACCACGUCAUAUUUCAGUAUACUCAGGGACUCUGACAAGGAUCUGACUAUUACACUGGUAUUUACAGUGAUUCGCUUGUGUCAAAGACAGUGAGGGACAAUUUGGACAACUAGACAUUUGUGUAGUUCAACUCUAAACCCUUGGAUGUGUGAAAAUUCAUAUUGAAAUUGGAGAAUUCUGAACUGUUGACCUUAAUGAGCUCAUUAACAUCUCGGUGUUCUUCAUGGCUGUGUGCAAAAUGGGCAUUGUUGUCUAUAUGGCUAUUCGCUCUUUGCAUGCUGCCGCCAAAGGCGUGCAGAGCCUCGAUCUGGCAGCUUUACACAAUAAAUCUAGCCGGUCCAGCGAUUCUUGUGAAUGCUACUGAUGUAAUUUUGCACGUGCUGCGUUAGUUCUUAUACCAUGUGAAUGGACAAAGGGAUUCUGACGCAAUUGUACAAGCUGACAGUUCCCGGCUCUGCAUGCCUAUGGCAUCAGCGUGCAAAGAGCGAAUGGGUAUACUCCAAAGUGUACCAGUUGCAAAAACAAGCUGUGUCCACUCUCCACACAUAUCAGAUUUGGAGACAGCCUGAGCAUCCUACUAAAAAUCAAACAGAACCCAAUAAGAAGGCAUGAGGACUGUAGAACCCACUAGGAUUGGUCAGCCAGAAAAAAAGUUCUGUUUACCACUCAGGCCCUACGAAAGUCCAUCAUCGGUUGUCUGAUUUUGAAGAUUAGAAUUAACAGGCCUUGAAUUUUAGAUUUCUGCUAAUUUUCUGUGAAGUUCAUAUGUGGGUGGCCCUCUUUAGAGGAAACAGAUUUGCAAAUUUGUUGUGGUAAACAGUAGAUAUUGAAUUUGGUUUUAUCCUCGUUCUGCUCCUACAGGAACCACACAGGCCUGGUAUGGUUGGAGAGGUAAACUUCACAAUCUCCUUGUGCUUCUGCAUUCAGGGCCCAAAUAUGUUGAGUUUCCAAGCAAAAAAUGCUGCUUGGUGCUAACCAAAUUCACACGCUUUACAACUGUCACCUGAAUGCCAGUCACAAGAAAUAUCUAAUGACUGAGACUGUAGCUGACUCCAUCCAGAUCUGCUGAGCAAAUAUUUGCCAUGCUCAGCAAUAUUUGGUGCUCUAUGAUAUAGACCUCUGUACUGAUGACUGCCACACUUUGUUUACGGGAGUGCUUUCCUAUGGUGUUCAGCGGACCUUUGGGCUCCCUCUGGCUCCAUUGGAAAGUGUGCAUGUAAACAAAGAUUGAAGUCAUCAGUACAUAGGCCAAUGACUGGUCCCCAAUGUUUGAAACUGUACAUGCGUAAACCUGUUGAAUGCAUAGGCUCAAGUGUAUGUACAUGUAUGUGUACAUUGUAUGUGCAUGUACAUGUAUAUUGUCACCAAGGAACAGGCAUGUCAAGUUGAGCAAAACAAACCCGUGUUGCAGUUUUUUAUGUUUCUGUCUUAAAUAUGUGAAAACGGUUUCAUUAAUAUGUACAUUUGUACAAAUGUUUGUAAAUAAUCUACGUGUGUAUGAUAAAGAAAUCAACAAGAGAUGAAAAGAGAAAGCUGUUACAUGAUGUGCCAUACACAGUACAAAUGAAGUAUUUUUGGCAGACUUUUUCUUUCCCGUGUUGAGAAGUAUCAAUUUCCAUUUGAAGGAAAAGUUAGAAAAAGACGAAUUCCAUUAAGUAAGAAUAUCAAGAUGUUUACGUGGCAAAAUAGUGAUCUUAUUUGUGAAUAUUUUAAUGGUUUUAUGGUUGAAUGAAUUGAAUGGACACAUUCCGCUGUUUUUGAUAUUUCUCAUGGGUUGUAGGUAUCAUGCUCAUUCAUUAGCUGCCCUAAAAUAUGUGGCAUAAAAGUAGUAAAGCAAUCAAUUCAGGUUUCCCAGUGCUAAGCAUACAUUUAUUAUUAACUGAAAGGAUAUAUGUUAUCAAGUGUGAUUGUUGAAAGUGCUCUUGAAAUUUGGUUAUGGAAGGCAGAGAAAAAAAUUAGAGGCCUCAAAAGGCCACAGGCCUCAAAGCACAACGUACCCAGCACCAUUUGGUUUUAUAGGCUAAACAGUGAAUAAACAAAGUGUGAUACCGUGCGAUACAUGUACACAUGUGGUAAUGGGUUAAAUACAAUGUUUAACUUCAGCAAAUUUUUCAUGUACAGCCAAGAUCAUUUUUACUGGGAAUCCAUUCUUGAAUUUUGGCCCCAUUUUGGGAGGAUGAGUGUGUUGCCUAUUUUACUAGACUGGUUAGGGGUUAGUAUUUCUUAUAAUUCCAAAUGAAAAGUUGUUUAAAUCAGCAAGGCAAAUAAACAGUUGCAUACGUUGGAUUUUUCAAGAUA